AUGGGCAUUUAAGCAACAUUUGAUAAGCUUACUAAUGCUAUGCUUUCUUUAUCUUCCAACGAAAAGAUAAUAUUUUUAUAGUUUACCUACUUUAGUUGCAUGUACAAAAGAAAUACAAGAAAAAUUUAAUUCAAAUAUAAGAAUUAAAUAAUGUUUUGUUUGAAAAUUCUUCUAUUCAUUCUUUUAUUUACAGUGCAGAUAUUUGAAAUAAAAUCAACAAAUUUAAAUGGAGACAGACAAUGUUACGUUCACGAUACUUGUGAAGGAUGUCUAGGUGAAAAUUUCUAUUGUGCCUGGUGCACCGACAAGACGCACAAAAUGCCUUAUAGAUGUUUAACCUACAGUGAACUUGUAAAUAAUAAUUGUUCACCUGACAAUAUUUGGGUGAAUAAGCAGGGAAUUGACAUCAUAAGCGCAGACGAAUUACGAGAUUUUCAAAGUGACAGCAAUCGUGCGACACAAGUCAAGCCUCAAAAGAUUCAUAUCAAGCUCGUUAAGUCUCAUACGCAACAGUUUAAGCUUACGUAUCGGCCAGCUCUCAAUAAUCCACUUGACCUGUACUAUCUGAUGGACUUAACAUGGACAAUGAGAGAUGAUAGAAAAACUUUAGUGAGAUUAGGUGCAAAACUAUCAGAAGCAUUAAAAAACUUGACGGCCAAUCACCGCAUUGGAUUUGGCAGCUUUGCCGACAAACCAACUAUGCCAAUGAUCAUGCCACAUUUAAUAGAUAACCCUUGUGCAGCCGAAGGUCACUCUUGCGAGCCAACGUAUAGCUUCAGACAUCAUCUUCCACUAACAGAUGAUAUUGAUAAAUUCGUGAAAUCUGUCAAAAGAAGUCGAGUAACAGGAAACUUGGACAAUUUAGAAGGUGGUAUAGAUGCUCUUAUGCAAGUUAUUGUUUGUACGGAACGAAUAGGCUGGAAGAAAGAGGCUAGAAAAAUUGUUGUGUUUGCAACAGACGGUUUUAUGCAUUUUGCUGGCGAUGGGAUUUUAGCUGGCGCUAGCAUAAAAAAUGAUCGUAAAUGCCACUUAGAUGAGUCAGGAGAAUAUACGGAAAGUUUAUUUUUUGACUAUCCAUCUUUAGAAGAAACUUAUAGAGAACUUGUAAAACAAAAAAUAAGUGUAGUAUAUGCGGUAACUGGAAAUGUUUAUCAGACAUAUCAAGAAAUGGACCACCUUAUGAAUGGAACUAGUAAUGUUGAAAAACUAAGCAUGGACUCAUCUAAUAUUUUAGAACUUAUAAAAACUAGCUAUGAGACCUUUCUAAAACGUGUUAAAUUUACUGACAACAGCCCACCGUUCAUUCAUCUAAAUUAUGAAACCAAUUGUGGCAAUCAAUUUGAAAACUUAAGGCAACGAAAUUAUUGCAAUGAUUUGAAAAUGGGUAAAGAAGUUGAGUUUUAUAUUAAUAUAACUCUCAAAGCCUUUCCUACCGAUGGAAUGUAUCAUAGAACAAUUCUUAUUGAAGAUCCUGGUUUAUCCGAACAUUUAGAGUUGGACGUAGAAAUUCAAGAGGCAUGUCCAUGUGAUGAGAAAGGAGCCGUCGAGGAAAAUGAGCGUGCGAUGUGUAAUGAACAUGGAAUUUUUCACUGUGGGAGGUGCAAAUGUGAUGACGGGUGGGGAGGUGUAUUUUGCGAAUGCAAUUUGAGCAAUACUAAUUCGACAUUUACUAUCCAAGAAGAAUGUCGACAACCUUUUAAAAAUCCUGCUCAGCUAGGUCCAAUUUGUUCCGAAAGAGGAGAAUGUGAUUGUGGAAAAUGUUAUUGCUUUCCCGGUUAUUCCGGAAAAUAUUGUGAAUGUCCUGAGUGUAUAGAUUGUGACCUUGAAAAAGCAGAUUGCUUUUGUGGUAAAUGUGUUUGCAAAUAUGGUUGGUCUGGAAAUCGUUGUAAUUGCGAGGCAGAAGUGGAUGACAGUUGCAAGACACCAAAUGGUGAAAUCUGCUCCGAACGUGGUGAGUGUCAAUGUGGUGAAUGUUUGUGCAAAGCUCCAUUUGUUGGUCGAUUUUGUGAAAUUGGAUGGGAAAAUGAGAACAAACUUUGUCAAUACUAUGAGCCUUGCGUAAAAUGCCUGAUCCAGCAGAAGUUAGGAUCACGCUUUUGCGAAAAUAUAAGUGAUAUAUGCUCAAACACCGACAAAAUAAAUUUCCAAUAUUCAUUUGUAACAGAAAUUAAUGGUGAAGAAGGCCGAUGUGUGGUUCGUCUAAUAAAUCAUAAUGAUAAUAAAUGUGAUCAUUUGUUCUCGUACGACAGGCCAGAUUCUUCAAAUAAUUUUCUCACAAUACAAGUCACGGAUUGUAAACCCGUUAAUCCUCUUGUUAUGGGUGGAUUCAUAUCUUUGUUUACUUUUCUUUUUGGAUUCAUAGUGCUAGUUAUAUAUGUUUGCUGCACGCGAAUAGCAGACGCCAGAGAAUAUGCUAAAUUCGAAGAGCAAAAAAAGCAUUCGACUUUGAUGGAAAGCCCUCUUUAUGAAAGUCCUAUUCGAAAGUAUCUAGUUCCCCAGUUGGAGGAUGAUAACAUGACUAUUUGAUAUGCUAAAUAAAAAAAUAUAUUGUUUUCAA